CUAGAUUGGUCUGGACAACUCCACCCGGGAACUGCAAUCUCCAGCUUCCCCUAUUUGCGAUUCACUGAGAACCCUGCAGCUUGGGGGCUAGUCUGGGGGAGGGUCUUGUUUUACAAACCCUGAGCAGACAGUGUUGAAUUCAGCUCUGGGUUGCUGAGAAGUUGGGCUCUCUGCAGUGAGCCCAGGGCAGGAAGGGGAGGGCCUAACUGAGCUGGGCGAGGGCUCAGGGCUGGGUCGGAAAAGCUGCCUCACUGAGCUGUCCCGCUCCUCCUGUCCCGAGGUGGCUGCCCGCUCCUCCCUCCCCCCCGCAAACAAUUUCGCUGCGUUUUCCCGGAAGCUGCGCCCGCAGCGGCUUCACCGAAAAAUGUCCCAGCCCGGCCCGAAGCCUGCCGCCUCUCCCAGGCCCAGUCGCGGCGCGGCAGCUCGCCACACCCAGGAGCAUGUUAAUGAAAAGAAUAUUGGAUCAUCUUCUAAACCAGGAGAAAAGAAAGGAUCCGAUGAGAAAAAAGCAGCAAGUUUGGGGAGCAGUCAGCCUUCCAGACCACAUGUUGGUGAAGCUGCCACAGCCACCAAGGUGACAGCUUCCUCUGCUGCCACCAGCAAGUCCCCCAGCAUGAGUACCACAGAGACUAAGGCAAUUCCAGUAAACAAACAGUUGGAAGGACCUGACCAGAAAAGACCCAGAGAACAGGCUGUGAAAACAGAGUCUAAGAAACCACAAUCAAGUGAGCAACCUGUGGUUCACGAGAAAAAGUCAAAAGGAGGGCCAAAGGAAGGGUCAGAGCCCAAAAAUCUUCCGAAGCACACAUCAAGUACAGGAAGCAAGCAUGCUCAUAAAGAAAAAGCACUUUCCAGAUCAAAUGAACAGAUGGUGUCAGAGAAACCAUCAGAAUCAAAGACAAAAUUUCAAGAUGUUCCUUCAGCUGGUGGAGAGAGUGUGGCUGGAGGUGGGACUGUGGCCACUGCCUUGGACAAAGUGGUUGGUAAGAAAAAAGAACAGAAACCAUUCACACCAGCUUCACCUGUGCAGUCCACACCGAGCAAGCCAUCUGACAAGUCAGGCAUGGAUGCUGCCUUGGAUGACCUGAUAGACACCUUAGGUGGACAUGAAGAUACUAACAGAGAUGAUCCACCAUAUACUGGACCAGUAGUUUUGGACCCAAUGUAUUCUACCUACCUUGAGGCACUGGGUAUAAAAGAAGGGACUAUUCCUCCAGAGUAUAGGAAACUUUUGGAAAAAAAUGAAGGGAUCACACAACCUCUUCCAGACUCUCCUAAACCUAUGGGGACUGACCAGGCUAUAGAUGCCUUGUCAUCUGAUUUCACCUGUAGUUCUCCAACUGGAAAGCAAAGUGAGAAAGAGAAGUCUACUGGGGAAAUUUUCAAAGCUCAGUCUGCAGGAGUGACCAGAAGUUCUGUUCCCCCCAAGGAGAAGAAAAGGAAGGUGGAAGAGGAGGUCAUAAAUGAUCAAGCACUUCAGGCUCUGUCAGAUUCACUGGGCACCCGGCAGCCAGAUCCUCCGAGCCACGUUAGCCAAGCUGAACAAGUCAAAGAGGCAAAAGCAAAAGAAGAAAGGCAGGAGAAGUGUGGUGAAGAUGAGGACACAGUCCCAGCUGAGUACAGGUUAAAACCAGCAAAGGAUAAAGAUGGAAAACCACUAUUGCCAGAGCCUGAAGAAACAUCUAAGAGCCUGAGUGAGUCGGAGCUGAUUGGGGAGCUUUCAGCAGAUUUUGACCGAUCUACAUAUCAAGACAAACCAUCUACGCCAGCUGAAAAGAAAUCCAAUGACACAUCCCAAACUCCUCCGGGGGAGACUGUGCCUCGGGCCUCCAUGUGCAGUAUACGGUCAGCGCCACCCAAACUAGCAUCCUUGAAGGGCGUGGUACCAGAAGAUGCUGUUGAAACCUUGGCUGGAAGCCUGGGGACAAGGGAAGCAGAUCCAGAACAUGAAAAAACUGUGGAGGAUAAAGUCAAGGAGAAAGCUAAAGAAGAAGAGCAUGAAAAACUUGGUGAAAAAGAAGAAACAGUGCCUCCUGAUUAUCGACUAGAAGAAGUCAAGGAUAAGGAUGGAAAACCACUCCUGCCCAAAGAAUCCCAGGAACAACUUGCACCCUUAAGCGAUGACUUCCUUCUUGAUGCCUUGUCUCAGGACUUCUCCAGUCCGGCAAACAUAUCGUCUCUUGAAUUUGAAGAUGCCAAACUUUCUGCUGCCAUUUCUGAAGUAGUUUCUCAGACACCUGCUCCAAGCACCCAUGCAGCAGCUCCACUGCCUGGCACUGAGAAAGACAAAGAACUUGAUGAUGCCUUGGAUGAACUUUCUGACAGUCUUGGACAAAGGCCGCCUGAUCCAGAUGAGAACAAACCACUGGAUGACAAAGUGAAGGAGAAAAUCAAACCAGAGCAUAGCGAGAAACUGGGAGAAAGAGACGACACCAUCCCCCCUGAAUACAGGCAUCUCUUGGAUAAUGAUGGGAAGGACAAACCAGAGAAGCCACCGACUAAGAAAACAGAGAAACCUGAUCAGGACCGGGACCCCAUUGAUGCCCUCUCAGAAGAUUUGGAUAGCUGCCCCUCAACUACAGAGACCUCAAAGAAUACAGCAAAGGGGAAGAGCAAGAAGACUUCAAGUUCCAAAGCAUCCAAGGACGGAGAGAAAACAAAGGACUCUUCCAAGAAGACAGAGGAAGUGUCCAAGCCAAAGGCUAAAGAAGAUGCAAGACACAGUUAAUGAAUUUGGGUAUCUGAAUAGAAAUUCUUCAGCUGGUGGAUGGUGACUUUUGAAGAACAAAGGCUUUGAUGACAGUUUUUUCUGGGUGGUUUCUGGACAGUGGUAUUUGUUAUGUCUUUUGACAUCUUAAACACUGAGUUGUUAUUCUUUUCCAGAACGAAAAUGAAUUUGUCUGCUUCACCUGUGUUCUGUAUUGAGUAUUGAUAAACUUCAAAGAUUUUUAAUUGCCCUUAGAUGGGAGAAGGAAGCUUUAUAUUUGUAAGAAAUAUAUUUGAUAGUUUCUUAAAACACCAAAAAUCCCAGAAAGCCUUUACAAACCUUUGCACUUUAUAUAUACAGUGCCUGUAAAUCUCAUUAGUAUUUUUGGUUUGCACUAAAUUUUUUUAGCAUUUGAAAAAUAAUGCUCCCAACUUUUGUCAGUAUUUUGAUUUCUUAUUAUGUCUUUUUCUUCAGCUUUGAUGUAUCUUUGGGUUAAUGUUGAUAAGUCAAACAUGAAAUAUUGUAUACUCGGUGUAUAACUCUUUUGGGGAUGCUAAUAAUAAAUUAAUGAUAGAUGACCCAAGGUAAACCUUGGGAGCAUCAAUCUCCUUUCCUGCCUGAACUCUACUUUCUUAGGAAUGAGGACUUCUACUCAUGGUCAAACAAGACACACUGAGACUUGAAUGAAGCUAGCAGAAAAACAGCACAGACUAGAGUUUAACGUAUAACUUUUAGCAAUAAAUUGGGGAUUCUUAGAAUACUCAUAUGGCUUGAACUAUCCUGGUUUACCAUGGCAUUAAACUGUGGUUUCCACCCUCUACAUGAAAACCAGAUCAAAAUCCUUUGCUUAUAGUCACUUGCCACAUUGUCUAAAGCAUCUUUACCAAACACAAAAAUCAACUUCUUUAAAUGUGUGUAUGUACAUACAAUGGAUACACUGAAAUUUAAAAUCUGCUGCUAUAUCAAAGCAGGUUAAAUUAUCUUAACAUCUUUGAAUGGUACCUAAGAUUUUUCUGAGCACUGUACUGGUAUCAUUGAUGGAAAUUUGAUAAACAAUUAAUUCCAUUUCUACUUCCUAGCAAUGAAUGCUGAACAAGAUGUCAGGUGCAUAUAAACCAAACUUCAACUUUCUUGUGUCCAGAAAUCACAGCCUUUGUUGCCAUCAAUGUAAAGAUUUUACUACGAUUUAAUUAACUUUACUAAAUAUAACUUACAUCAUGAGCAAUUCCCAGGGGAUAGGUAAGACCAAGCAAAACAUUAUAUCCAUAAUGAACAUGAUACUUUGUUAACUGUCUCUAAAAUUACUCUCUACAAAAUAUGCAUGCACCUCUUAGAUUUCAAAUGCUACCCACAAAAGUAUUUAAUUCCCAGUCCUAUAAAAGGGACAGUCACUAUUCUGUUUUUAAGGCACUGAUAAGAAUGUACUCCCUGGGCGGUGGUGGCGCACGCCUUUAAUCCCAGCACUUGGGAGGCAGAGGCAAGCAGAUUUCUGAGUUCGAGGCCAGCCUGGUCUACAAAGUGAGUUCCAGGACAGCCAGGGCUACACAGAGAAACCCUGUCUCGAAAAGCAAAAAAAAAAAAAAAAAAAAAACAAACAAACAAGAAUGUGCUCCCUGUCUUAGAUUGUACUGCUGUAAACAGGCACCAUGACCAAGGCAACUCUUAUAAGGACAUUUAAUUGGGGCUGGCUUACAGGUUCAGAGGUUUGGUCCAUUAUUAUCAAGGCAGGAACAUAGCAGCAUCCAGGUAGGCAUGGUUUAGGAGAAGCUAAGAGUUCUACAUCGUGUUCCUAAGGUAAACAGGAGAAAACUGGCUUCCAGGGGACUGGGAUGAGUGUCGUAAACCCCAUACCCACAAUGACAUACUUCCUCUAACAAGGCCACUUCUAUUCCAACAAUGGUACUGCAUGCGCCGAGCAUAGUCAAACCAUCACACUCCCUGAGUUUUGAAUUCAUUAUUGUCUAAUCCUUGUAUCUUGGCAGUGUAGGUGUCUGUUUACUCUUUUCGUUUCUAAAAGCAUGCUGAAACCUUUGGCAUUGGCACAUAUGCUUCCAAGGCUAUGGCUCUAAUAUACAAACUUCCAUGUACACAUAGGAAUAUACUUAAGUGAUGUGACUAAAUAAAUUUAAGAGUGGCUAUAAAAUCACACAUAUACUUAAGGUAUCAAAAAUAUUUUUUUAAUUAGGAAUAUUCUCAAGACUUCAGUGUUUGCUGGUAACUCACAGUGACUUGCAUAUGCCAUAGGAUCUAAAGGAAUCCUUUUUAUUCUUUUCUAUUGUUUACUUUUAAAAUCCUAGUCAGGUGAAAACAAUUGCAGAUAUUGCCUUAGAAGUAAAGAACAGAUGGUUUUUAUUACAAAAAGUUGCUGCAUAUGUAAUAUUUUAUCUGUUUAGAAAAUGGGCUUUUCCAAAAGUGAAGGUGACCAAAACAAAAAUCAGUAUUUGUGUUUCAUUAAUUAAGAUAUAAAAUUCAAUUAAAGGAAAAUAUUUUACAUGAA